UGGCGGGCUGUAAGGUCACAUGACAGGGGCGCGGGCCGGGGCGGCUGGUGCUGGCGGCGCGCGGGGCGGGAGUCGGCGGGGCUCGCACCAUGAAUCGCUAGAUCAAUGCACUUGGGCUUCUGAAGCGUUCCUUAACCUGUGUCUCUGUGGCUGUGAGGCAUGCAAGAGCUUUUUAGGGCUCCAUGUGAAGCUGAGGCUGGGAUUUCUGCACCGUGGAUCAGCUGCUGGGAGUCCUGCAAGCCCUUUAGUGCAUCUAUAACAUAGUUUUCUUGGAGGCCUGUUUGGUCCUGUUUGUGAGAUUGAUGUUAUUCUUAAUGAUGCUGAAACACGAAAACCAGCAGAAAUCAAAACAGAAGAUGGUAAAGUAGAAAAGCAUUUUCUCUUCUACGAUGGAGAAUCGGUUUCAGGAAAGGUGGACGUCUCCUUUAAGCAGCCUGGGAAAAGACUAGAGCACCAAGGAAUUAGAAUUGAAUUUGUAGGACAAAUUGAACUCUUCAAUGACAAAAGCAAUACCCAUGAAUUUGUCAAUUUAGUGAAGGAACUGGCCUUGCCUGGAGAACUGACGCAAAGCAGACGCUAUGACUUUGAAUUCAUGCAGGUCGAGAAGCCAUAUGAAUCCUACAUUGGUGCCAAUGUCAGACUGAGGUAUUUUCUAAAAGUGACAAUAGUGAGACGGCUGUCAGACUUGGUCAAAGAAUACGAUCUGAUUGUUCACCAGCUUGCUACAUAUCCAGAUGUAAACAACUCAAUUAAAAUGGAAGUGGGCAUUGAAGACUGUCUUCAUAUAGAGUUUGAAUACAAUAAGUCAAAGUAUCACUUAAAGGAUGUGAUUGUUGGAAAAAUUUAUUUCCUCUUAGUGAGAAUAAAAAUUCAGCACAUGGAGUUGCAGCUGAUCAAAAAGGAGAUUACUGGAAUUGGACCCAGUACCACAACAGAGACUGAAACCAUUGCAAAGUAUGAAAUAAUGGAUGGCGCACCAGUUAAAGGUGAAUCAAUUCCUAUAAGACUGUUCCUAGCAGGGUAUGACCCAACUCCAACAAUGAGGGAUGUGAACAAGAAAUUUUCAGUGAGGUACUUCUUAAAUUUAGUGCUUGUGGAUGAAGAAGACAGACGAUACUUCAAACAGCAGGAAAUAAUUUUAUGGAGAAAAGCUCCUGAGAAGCUGAGGAAACAACGAACAAACUUUCACCAGCGGUUUGAAUCUCCAGAAUCACAAGCGUCUGCUGAGCAACCUGAAAUGUGAACUGGUGUAAGGUGAAACACUUUGCGAUGCUUCAGCAGGUUAAAGGUGGUGGCAGCCUGUGGGAAAAGGCCACACUUCUCAUCACAACUGUCUUCCUUCAUCUUGCAGCGCUGCAUUUACCGUACUACUAAAGCAUUCUUCAGUUAAACAUUCAAGUAUGUAUAUACAUUUAAAAUAAAGUGCUUUCUCAAACACUGGAACUUUCUUAAGCUACUAUUUUAUACUGCACAUUUAUUUGAUAAUGUUAUAUGCACUUGAAUAUGCAUAAGCUUAAAUCUAGUUAUUUCCAUGCAUGGUAGGCUGGUGUAUUUGAUUUUUGCUGAUCACCUAUGCAGUGUAGACUAAAGCAUUUCCCUUUUCUCAUGUUGUUUAUUGCAUGUUUCUUUCCAAUGUUGCUUAUUUGUUUUGCUUUGAAACUACAGUAAGACACAAUUGACUAAAUCACACUAAAAAUCGAGGUUUACGGUAAAUUUGUCCUAAGAUUUCUAAUUAUGUUGGACAGGGUUUAGCUGAAUCUGCAUGUGUAUGCACUGUGACUGUGGUAACUGUGGAGUCCUCAGACACCUUACCAAGGUUUCUAAGAAGCUUUGGAUCUGUCUGUAGCAAAGAACAGUAGGAAGCAUCUCUGCCCUCCCUGCCCGGGGGGUCACUCGUGACUUCUGGAGGCUUGUUGCCCAGGAACUAGUGACUGUAGAGAUGUUGUCACAGUUUCGCCUUCACUGGGUAAAGCAUCUGAACGUAAUUAUCUCUUACUGAUGAAAUAAAUGCUGGUAACAUUGAUUAUUUUGCAAAUACAUGAAACUAUGUGGUUCCUCUUGGCUUCACGCUUCCGCUGUCUUCACAGUCUGUCUCCUCACUGCCCGGAUAGGAGAGGCAAGGUGUCCUCCAUGGGCAUCCUCCUCCUCGGCCCUCUGGGCCUGCUCGGAGGGCAACAUGCUCUUCGUGGGCUUUUGGAAAGGGAUUUUGGAGCCGGGCAAGCCUUAGAGCCGCUAGAAGCUCGUCUGGCGGAGCAGAUCGCUUGUGUUCAUCAUCUCGUGCGCUUGCGGGAGCCCCGCUGCGUGCGGCCGGGCGCAGGGCCUGUGUGCAGCGCCAGCCCCCGGCAGUUCGCUUGGCCUCUGACCCGGGGCUCCUCAGCUCCGGUGCAAGCGUCACCCGUGACCUUACCUGACGGAGUUACAUUUCUGUAAGAACUGUUUUAUUACUGUGGCACUCUGACAAAGCAGACACAGACUGUGUACUUAGCGCUAGGAUACUUCUAACGCGGAUGUCUUUGAGAGCAAAUUUAACGCCUUCAUGUAAGUGCCUGUUCAGAAACUUAAAAGCCAAAUAUUUUCAUGGUCGCUUGCAUGUUGUAAUCUGGAAAUGAUUCCGAGAGCCUUUGAAAACUUGAUUGUAUUUAACCAGCCUCCGAUUGUACAACCAUGUGUAAUAAACGGGGAAGAUACCGA